AUGACGCUAGGAGGCCUUGGAGUAUGGUGGAUUAUUGAUAUUUUUCUUCUUGUCACUGGUAACCUUACACCUGCUGACGACUCUAAUUGGGAACCUUUUUAUUGA